GUCAUCGACGUCUGUCCCCUAUCUCCGUUACGUGCACCGAGGAGGCAAAAAAAUUGUUACUCACUCCUGAUCCGAAUUUCGGCGUUCAAACCCCUUAUCUCCACAUUCAACCAAGUAACUAAACAACCACCGAACCUUAAUAGACUCUUGCUCAAGCAUAUAUUGGCCGUUUUUGUGAGCGAUCUUUACACUCGUCUGUUCAUCGCAAUUCAACAAAACAAACAUACAUAUUUAUCUGCACUGUCCGUCUGCCACGAAAAUAUCAGAAUCGACCGAGCAAGCUUUCAUAUAUCCAUCCCGUCUGAUAAUGCGAAGCUGAGCCAGGCCGGGAUGGCGUCCUUGGCCUCGGUUCCCUCCUCACAAAUUAUUCACGACCCGGUCGACCGCGACAAUGGCACAAAAUCCAUCACGUUAGCAAAGAUGGUAUCGGGUGCGGAGCAGGCGGCGCCUUUGCCGCUGCCAACAGGCGUAGCGGGCGGUUUGUCUGCGGGCGAUGAAGCCGUCGAGAUCACUGCUGUUCAGAAGAUGGUAUCCGCCAUUUCUGGCAGCCUAUUGACUGGCCUUCUAGUUACGCCCUUGGAUGUCGUUCGUGUGCGGUUACAGUCGCAAACCAUCGCUAAGCCUGAAUCGUCAGUUAAAGCUCACAAACUACCCCUUAUUUCAACAAACACAUUCCGUCCGCCUGCCAAUAUAGGCGUCACGGCGUGCUGUCGCGAGGUUUUUUUCAUGAACAACAAUGCCCAGUUUUGCGUCGUCGGUGGUCACACAGAACCCAGCAGCUCCAGGGUGGCCGCAUUGGAAUGCGCAGUGGAGCAGACACAACAAAGAACAUACAACUCGACUAUAGAUGGACUCAGGAAAAUUGCCCGCAAUGAAGGCGCAACUGCUCUGUGGCGGGGUCUAUCCCCAACACUCCUCAUGGCGGUUCCGGGCAACAUUAUAUAUUUUACUGGCUACGAAUGGCUCAGGUAUAACAGGGAGAGCCCCAUUGUGAAAGCCGUCAAGGAAGACUAUUCGCCCCUGGUCGCCGGCAGUGUGGCCAGGAUAUUAGCAGCAGGGGCUGUAAGCCCCAUCGAGCUCUUCAGAACUCGACUCCAGGCCUCUCACGGCUCUUCAGCAGCAGGACACCUGGCCGACACGUUCCGAGGCAUCCGCGAGAUGGUCGGGCUUCAGGGCUACCGGUCACUAUGGCGUGGCUUAACUCUUACUUUGUGGCGGGAUGUGCCCUUCUCUGGAAUGUAUUGGUGGGGCUACGAGUUCAUCAGAGGCAACCUUACUGAUGCGCGCGAGCGAGGGAGGGGCCAGACGCGCGAUGCUGACGAGUCCCGCGGGCGUGCCCGAAGGAGGUCCCAAAGCCGUGAGAACCACGCCGAGACUUUUGUGGACAGCUUUGCUGCUGGCGCACUUUCUGGGGCGUUUGCAUCGGUGGCUACCAUGCCUUUCGACGUUGGAAAAACGCGCACUCAAGUUUACCAGAGCAAUAGCGGCGUGUCCAAGACCGCCAAGGCUGUCGCACCCGAGGAACGGAGUAUGGUGCAAUUGUUGUGGCAUAUCUUCCGAACUGAAGGAGCAGCCGGGUUAUUCAGAGGUUGGAUCCCAAGGACGCUCAAGGUAGCGCCUGCCUGCGCCAUAAUGAUCAGCAGCUAUGAGGUUGGGAAGAGGUCGUUCAGGAGUAUGAACGAAAGGAAAUUACGGCAAGAGAUGGAGCUGAAGCAGUCCUAAUCGAAAGGGCUUUGGUGGUAUAUAUGACUUGUUUGUCACUUUCUUUGAACUCUUUCAUGGGGAAAAAAACACCUCUCUGUUGCGUAUUUGGAUGCAUUGUAGGGCGUUCGGGCAAGGAAAGCGUUAAUUAAUUCUUACGAGCUGUGUGUGAUAUUUCACAUGCUCUUUUAGACGCGACGAGAAAAAGAGAAAGAAAGAAAAAAAUCGUCCGGACUCGGGAUGUUGCGUGGUGACUGGAUUUGAUUUCUUUUCAAGUUUAGUCCAGAUGCAGUCCUCAAUUUUGGUUGGUGGUAUGGAUGUAAGACUAGGAACGAAUUAGUAAAA